GUCAUCGAAACACUUUCGAUUUGCGAUCGACGGACGGCGUGUUCGGUGCACAAGGUCGACUGUUUUUGACAGAAAGUUGGUUAAGCGGACGCCAUUUUGUGGGGACAUCUUCAGAACGCUGGAAGUAUGAAGUCGCUUCUGGUGACCCUAGCGUUAUCGCUAAUUUUGGCCACCAGUUACGGUCAAUCCAGUUUCAGGUACGAACCAUUCGCCGAGAAACCGGGGUCAUGUCCGCCAGCAGUGUCGGUUCAGAUUUGCACCCGGGUCUGCUCAUCCGACUCAGAUUGCUUGGGAAUCGCCAAAUGUUGCAGCACCACUUGCGAAGGAAAGGUCUGCUCGAUGCCUGUGACCAUGAGACAAGCGAAUCACAGAGAGAAACCAGGCUCCUGUCCAGCCGUGCCCAAAGGAAGGUGGGUCUGUACGCCAACUUGCAGCGUCGACAACGAUUGCAGAGGAAACCUGAAGUGUUGCAAAAAUCGUUGCGGCGCGCUGGCCUGCCAGAAACCGGACAUCGAGGUGGUCGAGUCCGUGGAGAUACCGGUCGUACCGCUGCCUGAGGAUCCGAACAAUUCUCCCAGAAAUCCUUAUGAAACACCCAGAAAUCCUUACGAGACGCCCAGAAAUCCUUACGACACGCCCAGAAAUCCUUACGACACGCCCAGAAAUCCUUACGACACGCCCAGAAAUCCUUACGAAACGCCCAGAAAUCCUUAUAACAAUCCCAGAGACCCGAAUUCCUACCCUUAUUAUUUCUACAACAAUUAAUCCGGAUGAUCAGAGACUGUUCGACUCUUCGUUCGAAAUUCGCGGGGAAAUAAGUACCACGAGUAACGAAAUAUCUCAUAGGUGCCAUAUUAUCGAGAAUUUUAAGAAUUUCUUCGGAGACGUUCAAGUGCCAUUUUACUGUAGGCUUAAUCACGCGAAGACGAUACUUUCCUGAAUAGUGAUUCACUGUUACUGAAUUCUUUUCGCUGAACAAGAUGUCUUAGAAAUGUACGUAUUACCGACAAUUCGCGAAUUUCUUUUGACAUUUGUGACAGGGCCAUUGGAAUCGGAUCUUUAGAAGCGACUGUUUUAGAAAGCGAUACUUUUAUUAACGACGAUGCUGUAUUGCGAAUAUUGUUGAUUAUACCAUUCUUCCUUCUCGACUAAUUUGAAUGCUUCUUUUCGCUCAAGAAAUUUGUGAAAAAUCAGUCACGAUUUGUUAGAACCGAAAGAAUCAUUCUGCGAUUCCCUAGGCGACGGUUUCAUUAAUUAAAACAUUUAUAAUAUUUUGUUCGGUUAAU